AUGCGCGCCCGAGGGGUCUCCCCGUCAGAAGUAUCUGUUACAUUUGUUCGUCAUCAUCCAUCGGCGACCGACGACGCGCCGCGUCGAGCGAGUUCGAGCGAGCGAGCGGACGGAAUCGUCCGGAGGAGACGCACCGUGCCGAGGAACCACGCGUUCACCACCCCCGGCCAGGUUAACCCUCGCAAUAAAACGCCGAUCCCGAGCGUGAACACGGUCGUGUUCAUCGCGAUCGACGGCGCGAGCCCGGGCGACGACGACGUCAGGAGCUCCGCGAUGUCGAACGGCAGCGCGCAGAUCGCGCUCCUCCCGCGGCCGCCGCGCGGGGGCGACGGCGACGGCGAGGGGUAUCGCCGCCGCGUCGAGAUCGUCGUCCGCGCGGACGCGGGCGCGGACGACAGGUCGCGGACGCGGCGGCGACGCGACGCGACGGCGACGACGCGAGGGGUGGAAUCGCAUCGCGCCGCCGCCGCCGCCGCCGCCAUCGUCGCGGACGUCGUCGGCGCGGUGGAGAGAAAGGCCGACAUCGCCGACGUUCGCGCGUCCGAGGAGUGA